GCGGCAGCGGGCAGCAUGAACCACAUGUCUGCACCGUCCCCGUUAUCCGCUGGUAUAAAUACGAGCAGCAGAGAGACUGAGCAGCUUCAGACGGUCUGGAGUCUCAGGAAACAAACAGAGUAGUUUUUUUCCAUCAUUGCCUGCUGGCCCUGUGAGAGUCAGAGAGGAUGUUAAUGAUGAUGAUGAUGAUGAAGAAGAAGGGGUCCAAGUUUCUGGCUGUGGUGGCUCUUCUUCUGGCCUCAGCCAACUGUAUCCGUCUUCCAUCAAAAGAAGAUCUUAACCAGAUCUCACUCCAGGGAGGAAAUUAUCUGGAUAAACAGAUCGAAAACGCCGUAAAUGGAGUGAAGGAGAUGAAGAGCGUGAUGCAGAAAUCUUCAGAGGAACACCAGAAGUUUCUGGAUGCCCUGGAGAAAACAAAGGAGCAGAAAGAGGAAGCGUUGCGCGUGGCUAAGGAGAAGGAGACCAAGCUGGAGCAGGAAGAGGGGGUUUGUAACGAGACCAUGACGGCUGUGUGGGAGGAGUGUAAGCCCUGCCUGAAGACCACCUGCGUUAAAUACUACUCCCGAACCUGCAGCAGUGGAUCUGGACUGGUGGGACGCCAGCUGGAAGAGGUGCUCAACAGAACGUCUCCCUUCUCCAUCUGGAUCAACGGGGAGAAAAUAGACGUCCUGCAGCAAGAGGGGCAGCGGCAGAGCAAAGAGUUCAGGAACCUGGAGGAAAAGUACUCAGAGAUGGCCGACGGUGUGGACACCAUAUUUACAGACAGCAUGAAGGUGGCUGAUCAUGUGCUCUACAACCCUCCAGUCUUCUUCUUUCCUAACUUCCUGGGGCCUUACACUCGCCAGAGCAGAAGCGUUCACUCUCUCUUCCACAACCCGUUCCACGGCUUCCAGGAUUUGUUCUCCCCCAUGAGGGACAUGAGCAGGAACAUCUUCAGCUCCAUGGGCUCCAUGAUGAACAUCGACUCAGAUGCACCUCCCGAUGACGACGGCAGUGUGAACGAGGACGUGGUCAUCACCAAACCGUUUGGCGACGGCAGGAUGACCUGCAGAGAGAUUCGCCGCAACUCAGCCGGCUGCCUCAAGUUCCGCGAAGAGUGUCAGAAAUGCAAAGAGAUCCAGCAUAUUGACUGCUCCGGGAAGAGACCUCUGGAUGGCCCGCUGAAGCAGGAGCUGGAAGAGGCGCUGGCCAUGGCCGAGCGCUUCACUCAACAGUACAACAGCCUCCUGAAGACGUUCGAGGAGACGAUGUUGAACACCUCCUCCAUCCUGGACCUGCUCAACAGAGAGUUUGGCUGGGUGUCGUCUCUGGCCAACACCACCAAGGACUACAACUUCCAGGUUCAGAUGGUGAAGAGCAGGGAGGAUGAAGAGAAGCCCAGUGAGGGGGAGAUAAAGCAGCCUGGAGAUACAAACGUGUCUGUGCAGCUCUUCAAUAAUCCACCCAUCAACUUUAGCGUGCCGGGCGACAUCCCCUGGACCGACCCCAAGUUCUCUGAGGUGGUGGCCCAGAAGGCUUUGGACCACUACAAGGAAACCAGCGUUGUGGUUUAAUAAGGUCCCAACCUGCGCCGUCUGCUGACAAGUGAAUGUUCUGCAUUUCUCACAUCCCACCCUGGGGAAACAAACCUGAAGCCAACACACUGAUUCUGUUGUAAAUCCUCCUAGUCCUGCUUUUGCAUAUGAUGCAGUUUAACCUCAGCUAUUUAUAUUACAUUAUGUUACAUUAGAGCUCUUUGUCCUGCUGUAAGAAGAUAUUCAGUAGAUAUAGAUAACAGGUCUUGUAUCACAUGUGAUCUGGGCUUUUGUAAAAAAACAACAACAUAGAACUUCUGCUUAAGUUUCUGUUAAAAGCCAAAAUAUAACUGGCUCCUACGAGUGUUUAUUCUCCGCAUUUAGACUUUCUAACACAUAAAGGUUCAACUGAUAUUUCCUCCACCACAGUUCAAUGAAAUAGACAUUUAGUUUGUUGCAAAGAUUUGUGGAAAAGUCUGUUAUGAGUUGGUUGGUUUGCAGUAGUUAAACCCGAUUUGGAGAGAUUAAAAUUUGAAAAUAAGAGUUGAGUAUGUUAAGGUUUGCUUUGAGCACAUCUGUACACCAGUAACAAUGAAGCAAUGCAUACAGAUCCAAUAAAACCUGCUCAAACCCA